AGAGAAGGCGUCGUCAGCGUGUCCAUGCCCUCUGGGAGCCAGGAUGGGGCCCUGUGGGACGCCCCAGAAAGCAUGGGGAGCACGUGAACGGGAUCCUGGGGCAUGCAGGUGUCAGUCCAGCCUGCACACGCUGUGCACGCAUGCACACACAUGCACGCACACGCGCACACACACACACACACACACACACACCCGUCUUCUACCCCGGGAGCCAGGCCUAGGGCCCCACACCAGGAACAAGCCCUCCCCAGAGGCGCCCCUGGAGGCUGGUCGCACCCAGUCCUCUGAACCUCCUGGAAGUUUCUAGAAAACAGCUGACCCUUUGGCUUUGUUGGCCUUUGCUCGGGAUGUUCGCCUGGGCCUGGGAACGGCUGGACCCUGUCCAGGUCGGAGCCCUGGAAGACGCAUCCGCAGUGCCCGCUGUGCGGCCUCCCCCAGCCCCCGAGCUGCCCGGAGAUCUGGGACGUGUGUGGCCUCUCUGUGCCCCGGGGCCUCGUGUCCUGCUUAGUUUCCCAGGCCUGGGCACCGCCGGGCCUGCUGCAGUCUGUGUGCCCAGGGCAGCAGCGAAGGAGGGGUGGACACAGCCCCAUGGCCCCCGCGCAGCCCGACUGACCGGGCACGAGGUGCUCAGGUCAGGGUGCUCCAACAGGGCCUGCGUCAGCUGCUCACCCCACCCGUUGAGCAGGACCUUAGGGACCAGGGUCCCCCGAGCUGCAGCCGGGUGGGGGCUCGGCUCCGGGAGCACGCUGCACCCCACGUGGGCAGACCAGGAGACCAGGCGUGUGCCAGGCGAUGCCCACCAACCACGGUCGGGGCUUUCCAGCCACAGGGGGGGGGGCCGCGGGACGGCGCUCCCGGGGCUGAGCACCAGCUGCCGCCCGUCUACCCGGGGGCUGCCCCGGCCCCCGCAUCUUCCCACAGCGCCACGACUCUGCCCUGCUGCCCCCGCCGGCCCGAGGGGACACUGGAGCUGGCCCGGCACCCCUCGGAUGGAAGGCACGGCGGAGCUGGUCCAGCACAGAGAGAUGCCAGGGCCCCGCCCGGCCUUCGGACUGCCAGGGCCAGCGCCUGCCCCCGCGGAGGACAGCCCAGAGGCCCGAGGAGGAGCCAGCCCCACUGUGUGGGGGACAGUGGCCGCCGUCCCGGAAGGUGGGUCUCCAGCACAGGCCCCCAGAGACCCCGCUGCAAACCCCCCACGAGGGCGUGCUCCGGGGCGGACCCUCUGCAGCUCAGCCAUCUGCCGCGGUGCUGGGAGCUGUGGGGCCCCGCCCUCACCCUCUCAGGACUGAGGCACAGUCCUGGGCAGUGAAGGACUGCAGGUCCCCCAUGGAAGGGCUCAUGCUGAGGGCAGGGUGAGCGUCCAGGCUGCAGGGACGAGUGACCCGGGUAGGGGCCCAGUGGGCAGGACCUGCUCCCCGGACCCGAGAUUCUGGGGGUGCUGAUCCCCACCCCCAGGGACUGGGUCGGAUGUGGGCCAGGCGGUAUGUCCCCAUUUCCCAGCUGCGCCCUGGUGCUGGCCAGUGGCUGACACCCCAGAACCCCUACCUAGCAUGAACCUGAGCACUGUGCAUCUGAGCUUCAGGGGGCCUGGGCAGGAGAGGGGCCCGGCGGUAGGGAACGCCCCUCCCAAUUCCUGCACAUGAGUUUCUUUCAAGGCACUGACCUUCCUUCACCACACAGCUGACAGGUGACCCAACAGUGUUCUCCAACCAACCCCAGCCACGGGGAGGGGCCCUGAGCCCGGUCACCUGUCCCUGACCCUCCCCUGCAGUCCCCGGCACGGCCGGCUGGUGUCCAGUGUCCUGGACCCGUGGCAGGAGGGUGCCGUGGCUGGGUGCUGGCCCCCUCCGCCUGCCUGGAAGAGCCGGACUCAGCCAGGCCGCCGUCCCUGUGGGCUGCGUGGGCCCGGGGGGUCCCCAGGCCGCAGGGACGUCCCAACACCCACCCCCUUCGUCAGG